CACUACUAUAUAACAAAUAAUUUGAGGAUAGCAACGUAUUACUGUCGCUGAUGAUACAACCAUUCUUUCACCACAAAUCUUGAAAAUUGAAUUGACUGAGAAUGCCACCACCACCACCACCGCCACCUCCGCCACCACCUGCGGCACCAAAACCACCUGCAGCCCCAAAAGCAGCAAAAGGUAAACCAACGGGUGGGGGUGGAGGGGACAGGAACAACUUAUUGGCUUCUAUUCAAGGUGGAGCAAGGCUUAAGAAAACCGUCACCAACGACAGAAGUUCACCAAUAGUUGGAGGAACAAAGCCCUCUGGGGGUGGCAUUGGCCCACCUGGAGGUGGCGGCGGUGGUAGUGGUGGAGGAGGAGGAGGAGGUGGAGGAGGUCCUCCCAUGGGUGGUAUGGGCGGUAUGGGAGGGUUAUUUGCUGGCGGAAUGCCAAAGCUGAAGCCUGCUGGUCAAAGAGGCGCUCCUAGAACAGGUGGUGCUAUGAAGCCACCUGGUGCUUUGAGAUCAGCUGAGCCAAAGCCUCCUGCCCCAGUCAAUGACAGAAGUGGAUCUGGAUCCAAUCAGCGAGGUGGUUUUCCUCCUCCACCACCAUCCAAUGAUCGAGGUGGCCCUCCUCCUCCUUCAGCUCAGCGAAGUGGUCCCCCUCCUCCACCAGCUCAACGAGGUGGCCCCCCUCCUCCGCCAGCUCAGCGGGGUGGUCCUCCUCCAUCACCAGCUCAGCGAGGUGGCCCCCCUCCUCCGCCAGCUCAACGAGGCGGCCCACCUCCACCACCUUCAAACUUACGUGGCCCACCAGCUCAUCGAGGUGGCCCCCCUCCACCACCAGCUCAGCGGGGUGGCCCCCCUCCACCACCAGCUCAGCGAGGUGGCCCCCCUCCACCACCAGCUCAGCGGGGUGGUCCUCCUCCGCAAUCUCAGAGAAGUAACCCUCCUCCUCCUCCUCCUGCUAAUAAUAGAAGCGGACCUCCUGCUCCACCACCUUCCAAUAGAGGAGGUCCUCCACCCCCUCCUUCACGGGGUGGCGCCAUGCCUCCCCCACCCGCUAGAGUUGAGGUGAACGAUAUGAGUAACGGACUGCCCCCACCCCCUCCCCCUUCUUCAAAUAGAUCGGUAAUACAUUCUGCUGUACGGAUCAGAGCCCCCGCUCCUCCUCCCCCGGCUGUAGAUCCUCCUCCUCCGCCGCGCCGCGGUUCUGGCGCUCCUCAGCGCGGAUCUGGUGCCCCACAACGGAGCAGUUUACAUGGUAUGCCACCGCCACCUCCCCCUCAAAUGCCUAACGGUGCUAUGGUAGCCCCGGCCCCGCCGCCUCCUCCUCGCAAGGAACCAGCCGAUUGGGAGUCCCGCUUCAAUUUCAGAACAGAAAUACCUCAACCUGAUAUGUACGUGCCGAGCCCUAAAACAUACCCCAGCAAGGACGCUACUAUUAGAGGACGGAGCACAAGACGGAAGCAAGCUAAAGAACGGAGUGGUUUACCACAGAACAUGGCAAGUAACACCAGACCUCUACCUUCAACCCCUGGAAGGGGGGCUCCCGCCCCUGCACCCCCCUUAACUAGAGGACCAUCCUCAAACAGGGGGGCCCCUGUACCGCCCCCUUCUAGUAGAGGACCUCCAGCACCGCCCCCAUCUAACAGGGGACCUCCAUCCACUGGGGGCCGGGCCCCACCUCCUCCGAACUCUAGAGGCCCUCCAGUACCGAGAGGGGGACCACCCCCUAUCCCUCGCUCCCAACCCCCACCACCUCCCUCGCGAGUGAACCCCCCUCCACCCCCACCCCCUAGAUAGAUAUUUUAAUUGAGCUGAUGUUACUUUGAUUCUGUUAUGUUACAGUAUUUCUAAAAUCAUUGGGCCGUUUUUGUAAGAGUUUUACAAAAAAAGAAAGGGAUUUCAGUUCGCCUCUUGUUCAGUUGAAUAAAUUGGACACCAGUGAGAAUAAACAGUACUGAUUUGUAUUAUUGAUGAUAUUUGCGUUGCUGUUAAGUUCAGUUUAAUAAAUUUACAUUGAAUUGCAGGAUCUAUUAUUAUUAGAUCAAAAAUAUGUAAUGUGAUUUGUAAAUGCCUACUCUUUGAAUGACAUCCACUUGGAAAUUUUACUGUGACGUUUUUGUUAAACGAGAAAAUGUCACCUUCUCCGAUAAUACUAUUAUAUCAUUUGGUUCUCGGUGUAUAAAUAAAGUAAUUCACAGCUAUUCAGUAUAUCAACCGAUCAUUUAUUUUUGUAUAGACUGAGCUAAUUUUGAAUAGUUUUUAAAGAAUGAUACGUUUUUAAUGAAUGAUUCUUUUGGAAAAUGAUUACCGUUGCAA